UUGGAGCUUCCGGUCUAUGUUGCCUUUAAUGUUCGUGAAGACUUUAUCCAGUGUGUUGUCUCCUCUGGUAGCACACUUCACGUGCUGGUGGAAUUUGGGGAGCACUGGUUUUAAAUCCACAUGAUUAAUGUCCCCCGUGACGAUCUGCACGGCGUCCGGGUGUCUGGUCUGCUGGAUGCUAAUGACGCGGUAAAGCAAUCUGGUGGCUGUGCUGGCGUUAGCAUCUGGUGCUUUGUAACAACAAUGAUCAAGAUCGCUAUAAACUCUCUAGGGAAAUAUAUGGGUCUGCAUUUUACAGUCACAUACUCUAAGUCCGGGGAGCAGUGACUGUCUACAGUCGCUGUGUUUGUACACCAGUUGUUCACAUACAAACACAGUCCCCCACCUCUGCUUUUCGCGGAGUCGCUGGUCAUGUCGUGGCGCUUUACCGUGUAGCCUUUUAGCUCGAUAGUGGAAUCCGGAAUCGACGAGUGGAGCCAGGAUUCUGUGAUAAGAACAGCAGCUAUUCUUGACGAUGUUGUUGGUCGCCACCUGAAGCAGUGGUUUAACAGGCUGCCUCCGUAGCCUCGUUUGCGUGCCAGCCCUGCAGCCUCGCUGCCGCUUCCGUCGCCUGCCCGUGGGGGUGAUGAUCCAUAGGGAGCCGGGACUCCUUGCUAUGUCUGCCGGAAUGUCGUGGAAAUGGAGAAACUCUGUUGUAACGCUUCUCUCGUUGCUGUAACCAAUCCUAGGAAGUUCAGGCCGGUUGUAGAUAUUGUUCGACCAGCUAAAUGUAGAUGUAUGACAAAACUAACACACACUUCCAUACAAAGCACUGAAAUGAGGAGCACCGAGCCACUGUGUCCAAAAAUAGCAGACAAUAGCAGGUCUCUGCCGUCUAUGUUUUUGAAUGUUUUUGAAUAUUUUACACUUCCUGAGAAGAAACUAAUGUAGUGAUUAGCUGUAACUUGUAAAACUAUUCAAUGAAUGGAUCAAUAUGGCUUAUUGAGAAAUUCAGAUAUAUUGCAUGAGCAUGCGUGUGCACACACACACACAAGCAUUCACAAAUAAUAUUUUUGUCCCUGCCCAUAAAACUUCCUACUCCAUCCCGAUAGGUGGUGAGCAAGAAUAAACAAUACAGCAAGUCAAUAAAAUGGGUGAUGUAUGAUGGAACUGAACUCAGAAAAUAAAUGAACCAGAGCAAAGUCAUGAGGGGAUUUUUAGACACUGGCCUUCUCUUGCUAAUGUUGUUCUCUUACAUUUCCUCUGCUGUGUCCUCUUCUCAUUAUUCCCCCUCUUGUCAGUCACAUGAACAGUUUCACCUCAAUGGAAUGCACAAGAAUGGAGAUGUGAUUUUAGGUGGACUUUUUAAAGUACACUUUUUUUCCACUGAUCCUGAUCUGUCCUUUACCUCAGAGCGACAACUGCCUACCUGCUAUGGUUUUAAUAUUAUAGGAUUCAGAGAGGCUCAGACCAUGGCCUUCGCUAUUGAUGAGAUCAACAGAAACUCCAACCUGCUGCUUAAUGUGACUCUGGGAUACAGUCUGUAUGAUAACUGUCUUGAACUAGGGAUUGCAUUCCGUGCAGCACUGACCUUAGUCAGUGGUCAAGAGGAGCAAGUUACAUUAGAGGACAACUGUGUAGGAACUCCUCCAGUCCUAGGUAUUGUGGGUGAUCCUUCGUCUACACUUUCUAUUGCCAUAUCCACAGUCAUAGGAUUGUACAGAGUGCCUCUGGUGAGUUAUUAUGCAUCAUGUUCCUGCCUGAGUGAUCAACAAAAGUUCCCAUCUUUCUUUAGAACGAUCCCAAGUGAUGCUUUUCAGGUGAAUGCUAUGAUUCAGAUACUAAAACGCUUUGGUUGGACUUGGACAGGUCUGCUCAUCAGUGAUGAUGAUUAUGGAGUCCACGCUGCCCGAUCCUUUCACUCUGAUCUGGGUCCAGCUGGUGGAGGUUGUCUGGCUUACACAGAGAUCUUGCCCUGGGGUGACGACCCUGCUGAACUAAGGAGAAUAGUGGAUGUGAUGAGGAAAUCUACAGCUCGAGUGGUGAUUGCGUUUUCAAAUAAGGCUCGCAUGAUCAACCUCAUGAAAGAGGUGGUGAGGCAGAAUGUGACAGGCCUGCAGUGGAUUGCCAGUGAAGCCUGGACAUCAGCUGAUGUCCUCCAGACUCCUCACCUCAUGCCAUACCUGGGUGGAACACUGGGCAUCGCUGUCCGUCGAGGAGAAAUACCAGGACUCAGAGACUUCCUGUUACAAAUACGUCCUGACAACACAGAUGGAAAUAGCAUGGUGAAUCAAUUUUGGGAACACACAUUUCAGUGUAGAUUUGCACCACCUCCAGCAAGUUGGGUGGAAGCUGGAGGAGGAUUAUGCACUGGACAGGAAGUUAUACAGAUUGUGGAGAAUGAAUUGUUAGAUGUUUCAGACCUCAGAGCAGAGUAUAAUGUGUAUAAGGCUGUGUACGCUCUGGCAUAUGCUCUUGAUGACAUGCUGCAGUGUGAGCCAGGGAGAGGACCUUUCAGCAACAACACCUGUGCUGAUUUACAAAGACUGGAGCCAUGGCAGCUUGUGUAUUACUUGGCAAAAGUCAACUUCACCACAGCAUUUGGCGAUGCAGUGUCAUUUGAUGAGAAUGGUGAUACCUUGCCAAUAUAUGACAUCAUGAACUGGGUGUGGCUCCCUGAUGGAAGAACUAUAGUUCAGAGUGUGGGAGAGGUCAAGAGGUCAGCCUUCAAAGGAGACAAAUUUACACUGAAUGAAGACAAAAUCUUCUGGAACUUUGAACCCAAACAGCCUCCUCGAUCAAUGUGUAGUGAGAGCUGUCCUCCAGGUACCCGCAUGGCCAGAAAGAAGGGGGAACCUGAGUGUUGUUUUGACUGUGUCUCUUGUUCUGAGGGAAAAAUCAGCAAUACAACUGACUCCAUGGAGUGCACCAGUUGUCCAGAAGAUUUCUGGUCCAGCCCCCAGCGUGACCACUGUGUUCCUAAGAAAACAGAGUUCCUCUCCUACCAUGAGCCUCUGGGUAUCUGCUUGACAACCACCUCACUGUUGGGCACAUUUAUCUGUGUUGUUGUUCUGGGCAUCUUCAUACAUCAUCACAGCACACCUAUAGUUCGUGCCAACAAUUCAGAACUCAGUUUUCUUCUCUUGGUGUCACUCAAAUUGUGUUUCUUGUGUUCAUUGCUCUUCAUUGGACGACCCAUAUUAUGGACUUGCCAACUAAGACAUGCAGCAUUUGGCAUCAGCUUUGUGCUUUGUGUCUCAUGUAUCCUGGUGAAAACCAUGGUGGUUCUGGCUGUGUUCAGGGCCUCCAAACCAGGAGGUGAGUCCAGUCUCAAGUGGUUUGGUGCUGUGCAGCAAAGAGGGACAGUUCUGGUUCUGACUUCUGUUCAAGCAGCAAUCUGCACUGUCUGGCUUGUCUCUGCUUCACCAGUGCCUCAUAAAAACACCCAGUAUCACAGUGACAAGAUAGUUUAUGAGUGUAUAGUCGGGUCCACCAUUGGUUUUGCAGUUUUACUUGGUUAUAUUGGUUUACUGGCUGUCCUCAGUUGUUUGUUAGCUUUUCUCGCAAAAAAUCUUCCAGACAAUUUCAAUGAGGCCAAACUCAUCACUUUCAGCAUGCUGAUUUUCUGUGCAGUGUGGGUGGCCUUUGUCCCUGCUUACAUCAGCUCACCAGGCAAAUAUGCAGAUGCAGUGGAGGUAUUUGCCAUCCUGGCCUCCAGUUUUGGCCUGUUGGUGGCGCUGUUUGGACCCAAAUGUUAUAUUAUCCUUUUGAGACCAGAGAGAAACACAAAGAAAGCCAUCAUGGGUCGUGGUAACACAAGGUAACAUUGUGAGCACAGCAGUCUCUUAAUCUGAUCCUAUCUAUUUUUAAGUUGUAAUUACCAGGUAACAAUACAAGCAAUAAAGAUUUUGUGAAAAAUA